AAUUUAUAUGUAUAGUAUCUACCUGGAUAUUAGAAAGAACAAUGUGUACAUCUAUUAAUUUUUUAAACAAGCACCAUAUUUUGUAAAUUUUAUAAAAUUGUUAGAAUCUUAAUUUUAAACUUUUGAUGCUGUGCUAAUAGUAUACUUUUGUGUAUAACAUUUAACUAUGUUGUAAAUCAAUAUUUUCAUCUUUAAUUUUUACACUUAUUUCCUUAUGCGAACAUUAUGUAUUUUAGUUUUGAUUCCGUAUAAAAAAAAAUUAAUAAAAUAAUAUAUAAAUGAUGUUUUAUACAAAAAUUUUAUAUUUUUAUUACAUUAAACCACAAUCAACUAUUUAUGUUGAAAACUAAAAGUUUUAUAAAUAUAAAAUAAAUAAAACAUAUGUAGUUAAAGAGAAAGUACGUUGUAAAACUUAAAAAAGAAACGAUGGUUAAAAAACGAGGAAUUGUGUGGAAUUACUAUAAUAAAAAAAUGUUAGGAUCUCAAGUGAUUGCAUUUUGUAAGUUUUGUAAUCAAUCAUACAUUCAAAAUGCUACUCGUAUGGAACGACAUAUGGAAAAAUGUCCAAAGUGUCCAGAAGAUGUCAGACAACAAUUUAUACAAGUAGCUCAUAACAAGAGGCAUAAAGCUAAUAAUCUUGACAAUAAAAUGAACGAUGGAUGGCCAAAACAAGAAUCUUCGGUAGAUCAGAACAUUACAGAUACAGAAUUGGAAGAUUUAGAUGAUUGGAAUUAUAAGAAUCAGUCAUAUUUAGUUGAUACAUCUAAUGCAAUACAGCAAAAUAUGGAUUUAGUAAUGCAUAAUAAUGAACAAAAUUGGGUAAAUCAGGAUAAUGCGGUUAAAAAUCAUGAUACAAAUACAAGAUUAGUUAGUAGGAAUUGGGAAACAAGUGAAAAUGAUACAGAAACAAUUGCAGCUGCUGGAUCUCAAGAACGAUCGAGUUCAGUUCACCAAAGAAAGUCAUAUAAUCCUAGAAGGAUAUCAGCUGCUUCUUCUGUACAAACAUCAGAUUGUUUACCUUUACAAAAUAAAAUAUAUCAAGAACAGUUAUUAGAAAGACGUGCCUUAAGAAGAGCUGCAGAAUUAGAAGUACAGCGUAAAGCCUUGGAACUAGAAAGAUUUCAAUGGGAAUAUGAGAGAGAUAAACUUCAAACUGAAAUUCGUUGGGCUCAUGAAACUCGUAUUAUGCAACUUAAAGAAGAACGGGAAAGGCAUUUGACUGAACAGAGUAGAAUAAAGACAGUUUCACAUAUAGUCUAACUCAUUCUAGAAGCAACAUUUUUCUUUUGACAGUAAAAGACAACGAAGUUUAACAAUCCUCUUUAGCUCAACAAUGUCGCAAUCAGUGAAUACAAGUGUCGGAAAAUUAGCCAAUGAAAUGAAUGAUGAUGAGAAUUACUAUUA